ACGGCGAUUCAGUCAAGCUCCAGCAUCCGUUCAAGCAGGGAGCACAUUGCACGCGUUUCGUUCCCAUCGAGAGAGAGACACACACACAUAUGUAUACUUAGCGCGUCGACUGACUCUGUGUGUGUCUGUUUUCCCCCUUUAAUUGUACGUCUUCAUACGCGCGCGUGUCUCUGUGUGUGUGUGUGUGCGUGUGUGUGUACGUGCGUGCGUGUGCGUGCGAAGCGUGGCGUGAGUGUUCAUUGGUGUGUGUAAAUUUUUGGGCAAAAGCGAAAGAAAGCAAACAGAAACACAGAGCCCCAGUGACAGGUUCAGGUUACGCGAACGCCUUGCGAACCGGUUAAACUUAAAGUUAUUCCUGCAAACUCCUCUUGGAGCUGCCGCAGGACAUCGCAAAACUUUACGAUUAUCUCGCGUAAACAAAAUUAAACGUGCAAAGAAUUUCGGUCAAAGCAACGUAACGUCGAAAGAAUAAAGCUUAAACUCAACAUUUGCUACACAAAAAUGUCUACAGUAGCAAGCAGCAACAGGAAAUCAACGAAAUUGUCGUCACUCUAAUCAAGUGGAAAUUUGAUUAAAGAAGAGAAAAGCGAAUUUAAUAAAUUUGAAAAACUCAAUAGCCGAGAAACGAACGGCAGGAAAGAGAGAAAGAAAAGCUGCUGCUGUACAAAAAAAAAAAAAAAACGAAGAAGAAAAAUUAAGUGCGAGUAUAUCAAAAGGUAACAGCAAAGGAAAUCAACACGCACGCACAUGAGCGAACCUGUUGUAUGUUGUAGUUGCUGCUUUUGCAACGAAAACGUAGCAAACAUUAAAAGUCAGCGAAGUGUGAAACUCCAAAACGAGAGGAGAAAAGCGAAAAAGGUUUGCCAAAACGAAUACAAAACAAGACAGAGCUGAACAUAAACCCAAUAAUAAUACUCCGACGCAUUAUAUAAAAGGAGUAACGAAGUGAAUAAAAUUCUCAAAAACCCGAAAUAGAAACCACAAAACGAAGUAACUAAAAUUACACUCUACGAUUAUUAUUUAGUACAAAAACUAAAGCAACAACUGAUUGCAGCUGACGAGGACUUGCCACACGGGGCAAGGACAUUCAUUCCAUACAUACUUCUGGGUGCUGUGCUUGCUUCGACCAAAGCACGAAAUUAAGUGCAGAUUAUCAGAAGAUAAUAUUUUAAUAGCAUUUCAAGCUGUUGCCUUUCUCGGCGAACACAAUCCACAGAAGAAGGACAGCGACAGGACUUCAACACGGCAAACGGAAACGGACACCGCAAAAAAAAAAGAACUGAAAGGGAGACUACAAUAGCGCAACAAAAAUACAUUAUAACCAUGUGCUAGUGUCCAAGUGUGUGUGUGUGUGUGUGUGUGUGUGUGAGUUUCCACAAGUGCGGCUUAUUACACAGGCCUCCGACCAUUCCAAGAAUUUUUUGUCGGUCAGCAACUAAAGCGAAACAUAAACGCGUUUAGAAAUUGAAAUAAAGCAAGCAAACGUUGUGUGUGCUGUGUUGUGUUGUGUAUCUUAGGCAAGUGUUGUAACUGUGUGUGUAAAAGCAUAAUAUAUAAUUAAAACAUUAAGCAUACGUCGUGUGGCCGAACAAGGAGAAAUGGCAACAGUUUUUGCCAGUUUUCGACUGAACUGAACCAACUUGAUCUGUGAACUGAGUUGAGCUGAAGAACUGGAGCGUGAGCGUGGCUCCCAAACUGAAUACUUAACAGCUCGUGCAUUUGGCUACUUUCUUGAACGGCGAAGGUUGUUAGACAAACGAAGACAGGUGGCACGGAAGCGACAAGUUAUUAGGACAAAAGCAGCAACCAAACGAGAAAAGCCGACUCUAUUAACAGAGCAAAGAGGCAACACCAAAAAUACGAAAACAAAAAAAAAAAAGCAAAGAGGAAUAGGGAAAUGCUAAAGCGAGUAACUCAAGUGGGAGGCAAAUCGAAUCGUUAAGCGGCUGGCUGCCAAUGAGACGGCAGCAAGGAGCUGUAACUGGCACUUGACUGGGCCGCAACAAACACACACAGAUCCACACACAACUCACAACAUCGAGACUGUUGGGUAAGGGAAAAGCGGAUUGCGAAUUUGCGAUAUUGACACAAGGAAAUCGUUAGCCGGCUUAGCCUUUAGCUGGCAACCGAAGGCGACGAGGCGCAUUUAAAAUUAAAAAUAAAAUAUAUAUAUAUAUAGACUAGAUCAAUCUAGAGGACAAAGUGUUAUGCUAAUGCCAACGACAGUGACAGCACCAUGAAUAUUACAUGAGCCGGGCAGCUAAACCAGCCAAUGUGAUGACAAUAAGCACCAAGAUGACGCCAGUCAUUGACUAAAACCUCAUCAAAAACAAAAGAAAGGAACGAGGAACGAGAAAUACAAAACGAGCAGCUGCUGCAACACUUUGAAGCCGACAGUCAAGAGUCGAGAUUGAGUGUCGUGCAUUCCAUCAAGAUGACGGAACUGCGUCGUACCAAUGGCCACGAUGCCUCCUCAGCACCUCGACUGCAUAAACAGCACUCGCUGCGCGAUCGUCCAUCGUCGACGCAUCCAUUGUUGCUGCACUCUCUGGCGGAUCAUGGUUGCAACUUGAGCAGCGGUGGCAACAGCGCCGCCAGCACCAGCAGCAGCACAGCGACAGCGACCACGGCUCUAGGAUUGGGAUUGAAUUCAACUGGUGUCGGGCGAUUGAAUAGCGUUGAGUUUGAUGAGCAUGACAUUUAUUAUGUGUCGCCAUCGAAGCGAAAAGCUGGCGUUGCACCUGUGGCCACCGCAUUGCGUCCGGCUGCCGCCUACGAUGGCAACAUCAACAGCAACAGCGGCGGUGGCAACAACAACAAUCACAAUGUGGUCACAUUUUCGGAUUAUGUGAGCGAACGCGGUGUCUCCAAUAGCUGUUCGACAGCCUCGUUCGCCACAUCGCAUCGCGGCUCCUUGAAGCGUGCCAAGGGACGCAGCAAUCAAUCGCUAUGCAGCUGCGAUGCCGGCGACGAGGCGCAACUGCAACCGGAUGCGGCACGGCCGCUCUACGAGUACAGUUUGGAGCGGCGACGCAAGACGCACACCUACACGUGUGAGCAGAAUGCACAGAUACUCAUGAGACUGGAGCGCGAACGUAAUCGUAAAUUAUCGCUGACUUCGCUGGGCGGCAGCAUUGGAGUUGAGAUGCAGAGCGACACGCCCAGCUUGUCGGAUGUGGAUGUCAUACCGCCAGUGCCGCCGCCGCCAACCCUCAAGCGUAACGGCAGCGUGCGCAGCCUGCGACUGCUGCAGCAGCUGCAACAACAGCAGCAGCAGCAGCAGCAACAACAACAACAACUGCACACUGGCAACCAGAAGGGCAACAACAACAGCAUGGCGUUGGGCAUGGCACAGCUGUGCAGCAGCGAUUUGCUUGAGGAUUGCACCAAAUCGGCGCUGGAUGAAUGCGCUGCAACAUUGCUGAAGUGCACGACGAAUAGCAACGGCAGCAGCAUAAAUGCCAAGCCCGAUGUCUGCCAGCCCACGGGCCACGCCCACAGUAAGCCACAGUAUAAGCAUAAAGCAUCCCCGCCCUUUGCCGCACACGAGGAGGAUAACAUCUUUACGCCACACUCACAGAAAUCGGAUCCCAGUUUGUGCUUUGUCCCAGCAACAGCGGCAGCAACUGUUGUUGGCGCUGCAACUGGAACGGGAACGGGAUCGGGAACGGGAGUGGCAACUGUUGCUGCUUCGAGCAAAUAUAACACCAUCGGACCGAGCAGCGAUUAUGCACGUCAUCUGGCCCACUACAGUCGCUACCUGCAGAAGCAGCAUCAGCAGCAGCAAUUGGCUCACUUUCAGCAGCAGCGUUGUCGCUGCUUCUCCCAAUCGCUGCUCAAUUUUCCCAGCAACAAUCAGCAACAGUCGCUGCAGCAGCAGCCGAUGCAACAGCAGCAGCAUGUGCAACUGCAGCAACAUGACUCGAAGCAUAGCCUUGGCGUGUUGCAACAACUGGGACAACCAGCGCACAUCUUUCAUACGAACAGCAUGGACUGGACACUGCCAAUGAAUAGUCGCAGUUUUGGCAAUUUGGUUGAUAUUGAUGGCAGCGUUAACGGUUGCCGUGUGCCAUAUCAGAAAAUGCAGCAAUCAUCGGCGCUGGCCUCCUCCAGUUUCACCAUGAAUUCCUUCGACAGUGCCCAUAGCAGCGGCAUGCUUGGCAAAGAGCGCGAGUCGCAAACAUUACCAACCUCCCAAUCGCAACUGCAUUCACAUUCGCAUCCACAUUCGCAUCAUUAUCAUGCGCACGAUGUGGCACAUUCACUCCUGCAUCAUGCCACCGUUGGGCCAGGAGGCGCCAUUCCGGCCACACCGCAGAAACAUCAUCAGCUGCACUCGAGCGUCACGAGCAUCAUGCCAUGGAAGCAUCGACAGUGUCCUAGUCGCGGCUCAUCCAGUUCGGGCACAAAUUCAUUCCGCUUCGAUGCAGCCAAGCAUUGGCUGGCAGUCAGCUCAAUACUCUUGAUAAUUGGCGCUGCCAGUGUUGCUGUGCCCCUGGCGCUACGUGUUGCAGCAAGUGCACCAUUUGAGGAGCGUCUACGCGUUGCCGUACAACUGUUGGAUCAAGUGCCUUUAAUCGAUGGGCAUAACGACUUACCUUGGAAUAUACGCAAGUUCCUGCACAACAAACUCAACGACUUCAACUUUGAUGAGGAUUUGCGCAACGUGGCGCCCUGGGCACGCAGCCAAUGGAGUCACACGGAUCUAACGCGACUGAAGAAGGGACGCAUAUCAGCGCAGUUUUGGGCGGCUUAUGUACCCUGUGAGGCGCAGCAUCGGGAUGCGGUGCAGCUGACGCUGGAACAGAUUGAUGUGAUUAAAAGACUUACCGAUCGAUAUUCACCGCAGCUAACCACCUGCACAUCGGCGCAGGAAAUCAUCGAUGCACACAAGAACCAACAACUCUGCUCGCUAACUGGCGUCGAAGGCGGCCAUUCAUUGGGUGGCUCGUUGGCUGUGCUUCGCACUCUGUAUGCAAUUGGGGUCCGUUAUAUGACACUCACGUCCACAUGCCACACACCGUGGGCCGACUCAAGUUCAGCGGAUGCGCCGACCUUCAAUAUGAAGCAUGGCGGACUCACCAUAUUUGGCAAGACAAUCAUACGCGAGAUGAAUCGACUGGGCAUGAUGGUGGAUUUGUCACACGUCUCCAAAGGAACGAUGCGCGAUGCUCUGGAGGUGAGCGAGGCACCCGUCAUAUUCUCCCAUUCAUCCGCCUACGAGCUGUGCAACACGAGUCGCAAUGUCCAGGACGAUAUCCUGCAAGCGUUGGCCAAAAAUGGCGGCCUCGUCAUGGUCAACUUUUACUCCAAGUUCUUGUCGUGCAGCGACAACUCAACUGUACAGGAUGCAGUCGCGCAUAUUAAUCACAUUAAGCGAGUCGCUGGCAUCGAUCACGUUGGCCUCGGCGCCGGCUACGACGGCAUUAAUUAUACACCCAAAGGCCUAGAGGAUGUUUCAUCGUAUCCAACGCUGUUCGCCGAACUUUUGGGAGGCGGUUGGACCAUCGAUGAGCUGACCAAAUUGGCAGGAGGCAACUUUCUGCGUGUCAUGCAGCAGGUGGAGAAGCUGCGGGAUGAUAAAAAGGCUGCCGGAAUCAAACCCUAUGAAGAUCAUCCCAACUUUCGCACUGACGAUCCAUAUAAUUGUACUUCCAGCUAAUUAAAUCUAAGCGCUAUCUUUAGAGAGGUUGUUUAAUAGGCCAACCUGGCUGAAAAUGCAACGAAAACAUUUUGGUGCAUAUAAAAACAAAACAAACAAAAAAGAAGAACAGUAAUUGAAAGUAAAUUAAUGAAUGAAUAUA